CAAAGAACGAAACCUAAAUCGAAUUCCACCAUUCACGACAACGUUUUAGAUGGAAGGUUUUUGCUGAUGCAGGUGGCUGCUUCUAUGCUGAUUCUCUCAACCCCUUUGAAAAAUCUGAACAAAUCCCUUCUUCUCCAUCACAAUCUCCAUAAUAAGUAUCACCGUUUUCUUCCCUCAUUCUCCGUAAUUCUGACAAAACCCUGUAUUUAUCUGACGCCAAUGGCCACCAUUAGCAGCAAUAGCAUCACUGCUUCUGAUUCUAAUCCCAAUAAUAAUCAUAAAGGUGGUGCCUUUACCACAAUUAAAGAAAGGGUCACAUUUCAGAAAGAGAUAAAGAAGAGUAAAUUUAUCGCCAUUGCUGGCACCAUCUCUAAUGAACGCUCUGCUCAGGCCUUCCUCACUGAGGUUCGUGACCCCAAGGCUACACAUAAUUGUUGGGCAUAUAAGGUUGGGGAUCAGUUUCGGAGUAAUGAUGACGGUGAACCAUCUGGUACUGCUGGCAAGCCAAUACUUUCUGCAAUUGAAUCUUCUGGGAUUGAUAGAGUUAUGGUAGUCGUGAUCAGGUACUUCGGAGGUAUUAAACUUGGCACUGGAGGUUUAGUCAGGGCUUAUGGAGGGGUUGCCGCUGAUUGUUUGAGAAAUGCCCCCACUUGUCUUGUCAAGUCCAAAGUUCCAAUGGGCUUGGAGAUUCCAUAUGACCUUUUGGGGGUUCUCUACCAUCAGUUACAAUCAUUUCGGGCUGAAGACAUUAAGCAAGAUUAUGACACUGGAAAAGAUGGUGUUACCAUGGUAACUUUUAAAGUUGAUUUUGAUCAGAUGGAGAGUUUGGAGGAAGCUAUCAAAGUUAGCUGCAGCAGAGAUAUUGUUUUCUUCAAGCGCUAAGACAAGGCUUAAGAACUCUUCUGGUUCUUUAGUAUGACCCUUUUUCUGAAGAGACUGCAACCUUAUCACCCUUAAGGCUCGUAUCAUGGCUGUGAUAAUGGUGUUUCUUUGUCUAAGAAGACCACCGUUUGAGUGAUGAGUGACUCUCCAGUCUUCAGCGACGUGUCUGAGUUCCAUUUUAUCUUCUGACAGCAUCGGGCAUCAAACUUUAGUAGCAUUACUCCUGAGACUGUAUAUAUCUUGUUGUAACACAUGCUUGUACGGAUGUUCACCGACCCAAUGCAGCAAAAAUGUUUUUGAUUUGCGUGUAACUGUUCUAAAUGUGAAAUACUAAAUCUUUGUUUUCAGGUUAGUUUCAUAUUCUUUGCUUCUGGAUUUCUUUUGCUGUUGUAUCCUGCUUUAAGUAAAUGAUGAGUCAAAGCCUGCAUUUCCUUGU